GCCCGCCGCAACAUGCCGGUCGCCGCCGGGCCCCGGCCCCGCUGAGCGCCCCCGCUGUGGAUCUAAUGUCUCCGUGAAGGUGCCGCUGCCGCCGCCUCAGCUUUGCCCCGGGAGGAGCAGCGGGCUGCGGUAGGAUUUUCUCCCCGUCUCGGAAGCCCAUCAGAGGCACCAGCUGCUCCGCCGGCUCGCGCCCACCUCGGGAAGAUGGGAAGCAAGGCUCUGCCAGCCCCCAUCCCGCUGCACCCGUCCCUGCAACUCACGAACUACUCCUUCCUCCAGGCUGUGAACACCUUCCCCGCAGCUGUGGACCAGUUGCAAGGUCUGUACGGACUCAGCGCCGUGCAAACCAUGCACAUGAACCACUGGACAUUGGGCUACCCCAAUGUGCAUGAAAUCACCCGCUCUACCAUCACGGAGAUGGCGGCCGCGCAGGGCUUGGUGGACUCCCGCUUCCCUUUCCCCGCACUCCCCUUUGCCACGCACCUCUUCCACCCCAAGCAAGGCGCCAUCGCCCACGUCCUCCCAGCGUUGCACAAGGACAGGCCCCGCUUUGACUUUGCCAACCUGGCCGUGGCCGCCACGCAGGAGGAUCCCCCCAAGGUGGGGGAGCUCGCCAAGCUGAGUCCCGGACUGGCCUCGCCCCUGGCGGGCAUCAGCAAGCUGUCCCCGGACAGGAAGCCUUCCCGCGGCCGCCUGCCCUCCAAGACGAAAAAGGAGUUCAUCUGCAAGUUCUGCGGCAGGCACUUCACCAAGUCCUAUAACCUCCUCAUCCACGAGCGAACCCACACGGACGAGCGGCCCUACACCUGCGACAUCUGCCACAAGGCUUUCCGGAGGCAGGACCACCUGCGGGACCACCGGUACAUCCAUUCCAAAGAGAAACCCUUCAAGUGCCAGGAGUGCGGGAAGGGCUUCUGCCAGUCCAGGACCCUGGCGGUCCACAAAACCCUACACAUGCAGGAAUCUCCACACAAAUGCCCCACAUGUGGAAGAACCUUUAAUCAAAGAAGUAACCUGAAAACUCACCUUCUUACCCAUACAGACAUCAAGCCCUACAACUGUGAGCAGUGCGGCAAAGUGUUCAGGCGAAACUGUGAUCUACGGCGGCACAGUCUAACUCACACCCCGCGGCAGGACUUCUAGAGCAGCCAGGGACCCGCGCCCGCUCCGGCUGCUCCAACUUGCCCAUUUUACCCAAGGAGUGUAUUGUAGGAACUCACAGACGCGCGCACACACACACACACACACACACACACACACGGAGACACGCACGCAGACUCGGGGCCAAGCUUUCCUACCACAUGUCUGCGAAACUCGUUUAGAGAGUGCGGACUGCAGGAUCGGGCCCCUCUCCAACCCACACCUAAGCGUAACGCUCAUCUUGUAGAUAAUCGCGGCUCAUUUUAGAGCUCUGUACAGAACGUGUUUUUUUCUUCGUUUGUUUGUUUUGUAUCGUGUCAGAUGCACAUCGAUAACAAAUCAUGGAGGCAAAGUAUCUCUUCAAAAAUGUAUUUCAAAAUAAA